UUGUGAAUGAGCGCUGCAGCUCUCAGCCCGGGUGUGUUUUUGUUUUGCGGGGUCCCGAGCUGUCUGGGAUAUAUUUAGCUGUGACCUGCUUUAGACCUGACUCAGCUCACAGUGUAGCUGUCACGUUCUCACCUCCAGCUCCAGUGAGCAAAGUACUCCUUCCCUGAUUGCUCCACAGUGACUUCAUUCAAAUGGGGUCAACUCAUCACAUGUGCAACAAAGCACAGGUUACAUGUUUGACACGUCUUUACAAAGUAUUCUUACUGCUGCUGAGCUUAUGUUCUAACCUAUCUGCUCCUAUUUCCUAAAUGUAUCCUGUGUGACUGCUAUUGAUUUGAUAAUGGAAAUCAAUUAUGGAUAAUAGCUUUUACAUGGAUUCACUUCAUCAGGAUAAGUCAUGAGAGGAUUAUGCAACCAAACCCCUGCACGUCUGCACACACACACUCAAGAAAUCCAAUAAUAGCAAAAGCAGAAGUGUAUCUGUGGACCAGAGCAUGGACUCAAUAAUGGGAAAUAAUAAAUAGAAACCGAUUACAAUGACUAAAAAUGAUCAAAUAACAGAAGAAGGAGGAUGGUUGGAUGUCGGAGCCGCCCUCAGUUUGGGGGUCCACAUCACUCAGACCUCUCAAUCUUUAAUUUUCACUUUCUCAACAACAGCUUGGGGAAUAACCUUGACAUAUUCUAAGCGAAAUAUUUCCCUCGAGAGAACAAGCGCCCACUUUCUCCUGACGAACAAAUUGAUUCGUGGGAGUUUAUGGAAAAACUCUCAGACAGCGUCAGUGUGUGACACUGUGACUCAGCCUGUAGGCGGCCUCUCCACCACGUCAAAAGACUCCAGCAGUCUGUCUGGAGGGAAAGCAGACUGCCUGCCCAGCCUCCAGUUUCACUACACGCUCGGACGUUACACACACACACACUCACACACACUCAUACACACACACACACACACACACACACACACAUUCACGCACAGAUGAGCUCUGUCUUUGAACUGAAAACACUGAAUUCGUGCUCUGGAUGUGAGCAGUCACAGAUUCCUGCUCCAUAUGAGGAAGAAAAUCUUGAAAGCACCUUGUCUCCUCUUGAGUCUGUUCACCAGUUUGAAUCUCUGCUCUGGAAAAUUUGGGACGCCAAUAACUGAUGAUGUGAGCAAGCUGUCGUUACUGAAGCAGAAUAUCCCCUCUGAUUAUGAAAUUCCUGUUAGUUACAUUCCCAAAGAAGUGGCUGGCACGUGCUGGGUGGUGUUAAAUAUCUAUCCUUUAGAGCAAAGUCUUCGGAAGCUGGCCAAUAUGUUCGGUGCCAUUUCCUCCAACAAAGAAAACAUAAUUGUCUUCAUUGCAAUGCUGAAGAGUUUACGCUUCACCUUCGACCAUGAGGAACUGGAAACAGCGAUGCAAGUCUUCCAGUGUCACUACCAGGAAGGGAGCUUAAUGUCUGGUCUUUACUUCGACUACAUCAAAGACGUCUUACACUCUGCCGCUCAAGGAACAUCCGGCUUCUCGUGCAAGCCGCCACCAUGUCUUAACCCGCAACAGACACCAGGGGGUCAGGAGGACAGUCGUAAAUACAGCUGGUCGAAGAGAACACCUUUGCUUUUGGUCCUCAUCCCCUUCGUCGCUUGUCUUAUUCUCAUAGUGUGGCUGGUCAAGUCUGGAAGGCGCUUACCAGUGUGCAACACUGAAAAUAGCCAGAUAGCACCUUCUGACAUGAUCCCAACUGUGUCUGUCUCCAUCCCGCUGCAAACGCUCACCCACGCCGCUGACACUCAGCCAGCGGGGGCGGCGAUCCCUGAACAUGAAAGUGGAUGAAACACAACUAGUAAAGAGGAGAAGGACGAUUCAGGCAGCAGUUUAACAACUCGCUCUCCGGGGUUGUUGUGUUAUUUGCAGGGAGCCUGCUGGAUUAAGGAGCUGUGGUCUGACACUCGACUGAGUUGAGCUACGAGAGUAAAAAACUCACCUGCUGUGAAGAAACAAAUUCCCCAGGCAUUUCUAACACUUAACCACCCGAAGAGAUUUUUUUUCUCCCCGGACCAGGGGGAAGAACUCUCUGCACAAUGGCUGGUUAUCUGCCAAAAUGGCUGGUGAAGUAUGUUAAUUGUGUCGCCUUGGCCGGUGUUUAACAGCACUUGGCUGGCCUGUUUUUGAGCAGAGCACGAUGAUUUAUUUUUCAGCGCUGGUGCCAUUCAGAGCGUUCCCAGGCUCCAGUUUUCAGCAGAUCAAAAAUGAAACCACACUGUUUGGAGGAUGUCAGUCUCCUGUCGUUUACCUGUUGGCUGUGUCCUGGUCCUUACAGAGACUGAAAUGCAAAGAAACACACUCCUACCAAUACCGUCUUUAGAUAAACAACAGAAACAGCAGCUCGUCUUGUGCUUGUUGUUGACAUUGUUAUGAUCUGUGAUCUGUCACAAAUCACAGACCUGCUAGUCACAAACAACACGCUGAGCAGUUCAACAAGUGUCCCACUUUGUGUAUCAAAGAUCUGACCAGAUGGCAGAUAGCCAUCGCCAGAGGCACUUUGAAUCCCGUCAUUGUAUCUCAGAGCUGUUGCCCAGUGAUCUAUAGCUGCUGCUCGGCCACAGCGAGUGUGUUAGCGUUUUUAAUGCCUUAUUCACCGAGUCAAUCGUGUUCAGUCAUGAGAACAUGACUCCCCGAGUGUGAGUGCUCUCGUACUGUAUGUGUCAGACAGACAGGACAGGCAGGAUGAGAGAAAGUGAGGAGCGAUAGGGAUAGAUAGGAUGAGCUCAGCGAGAAGCAUAAGGAGGGCUUGUUCUCGUCACAAAAGAAAGGCCCGUAGGCUGGAGGAAAUGCCAGUUACAAACACGACUGAUGUCGGCAGAUCCCUAUGAAUCAACAGGCUAAGAAUCUUUCCAGACCGCAGGCUAUGUGGCCUCAUCUACAGAGGAUGGUUAGUAUUUCAAUAACAAUUUUCUGUAUUCGAAUGAUUUACUUCCAAAACACAUCAAUGAAAAGAGGAAAGAUGUACCUUUAUUAGAGAGUUUUUCUGGUGUGGAUAAAGUUGUUGGUUGUUGUCGUUUCAGUGACCGAUUUCUCUGAUUUUCAUUUUUGGAUUUUGUAAAAAUAUGUGAAAUAUUUAAGUUAUUUUGUUACGAGAUAAAUCACUUACCAAACUGAAUUAACAUUUUCCAUAAGAUUGUAUUUUUAAACUGCUCUUCACUGCAGUAAGGACGUAGACAAAAUACUGUGAACACUCAGGGAAAACACUUUAUUACUGUGAAGUAACUCUGAAGUACUUAAUCAUCAGGGCACAUACUUUCAGUGGUGGGUUUUAUGAACUCGGGAUGCUGAAUAGAAGCAUUCAUCACCCUCUGUACACAUGCCUGUUAUUUAUCUUUUUCAUCUCCUGGUCUGUUUCUCCUUCAUUGUUCAUAUAUCACAGACGUGUUUUGCCUGAACCUCCUGCAGUACGGGCAGAGUUUUUUUAUUUCAUAUUAUUUUGAAAACUCACAUGAAAGUGUUGAUUGUCGGGUGUUUAUGGCUAAUUGGUGUUAAACAGUUCAUAACAGUAAUUUGGUCAAUUUCCUUUUUUAUGAAAUGUUGACAUUAUUUUGUCUACUCCCUGCAUUGGCCUGUGAGAAACAGUAUAUCAGGAUUAUCUGUAUAUUCUGUUAGUAUCUGUCAACAAUAUAAAAAUAUAUAAAGGUUCAUGUUAUUAUUGUUGGAAAAACAGUAGAACAGAAAAGGUCUGUUUCUUUGAGGCCCUGUUCGCAGCAGCUUGCUCCUCCAUUCUAGUUUUAUGAGGUGAAAUAUCUUUGUGUCUCCAGAACAGAGCAAACAUCAUAACGUUCAUGCAGAUCAUUGUCAGGUCAUCUGCUCAGACACACACAUUCACUGACAAGGGAUUUUUUAAUUGAGUGCAAAAAAAAAAAAUAUCAAUAAAAUUGAUGGUGAUUACAUUUGUGAUGAUAAAACUGUAUUUGUGGUUGUCGUGCGUCACAGCUGGAUUUGAUUUACUUUACUGUUCUGAACAGACUUUUGACUGUUGUUCUCUAUUACAUCAAACUGUCUUUUAUUUUAUUAAAACAUUUAGAUAUGUAAACAACGAUGAGUAUAAACACAAAGCACCCAACAUGGUGAAAAUAUAAGAAUUAAAAACCUAACUAAAUGAUCACCAUAACUCA